GUCUGGCAACUCAUCUUCAUCCACGGCUAUUAUCAUGAAACUUUUUCCCCUCCUAUCCUUCUUAUUCUUCACUUUGGGGACAGUACUAUCAAAUCCUCAGCGAUAUGAGUCAAUUUUCAACUUUGGGGACUCUCUUAGUGACACAGGCAAUUUUCUUCUUUCUGGCGCCGUUGCAUUUCCAGUAAUAGGGAAGCUCCCUUAUGGUGUGAGCUUCUUUCAACACGCAACUGGCCGGUGCUCCGAUGGACGCUUAGUGGUUGAUUUCAUUGCUGAGGCAUAUGGGCUGCCAUAUCUUCCUCCCUAUCUAGCAAUAGACAAUGGUCAUGAUUUCAAGCACGGAGUAAAUUUUGCUGUUGCCGGAGCCACCGCACUUGAUCCACAAUUCUUCAAAGAACUAAAACUGGAAUCACUCCUAUGGACUAAGGACUCUUUGAGCAUUCAGCUUGGUUGGUUUAAGAAGCUGAAGUCCUCCCUCUGUACGACCAAACAAGAUUGUGACAACUAUUUCAAGAAGUCGCUCUUUCUCGUGGGAGAGAUUGGUGGAAACGAUUACAACUACGCUUUCUUUGUCGGUGCAAGCAUUAAAAAGCUUCGAGCUUUCGUCCCCGUUGUCGUUGAUGCAAUUACUAAGGCCACCAGUGCAUUGAUAGAGGAAGGUGUGGUGGAGCUAGUGGUGCCGGGUAAUUUGCCAAUUGGGUGCUCAGCCGCGUAUAUGACAUUGUUUCAAAGUCCUAACAAAGCUGACUAUGACCCAAAAAAUGGGUGCCUAAAGGCUUUUAAUUCUUUUGCUAAGUACCAUAACAAUCAGCUAAAACGUGCUCUCGAGAUGCUGAGACAGAAGUACCCACAUGCAAGGAUCAUUUAUGCAGACUAUUAUGGUGCAGCCAUUCGAUUCUUUCACGCACCGCGACAUUACGGUUUUUUCAAUAGUACUCUAACAGCUUGUUGCGGAGGGGGUGGACCAUACAAUUUCAACAAUUCAGCAAGGUGUGGUCACAUUGGAUCCAAAGCUUGUAAUAAUCCAUCAGCUCAUGUAAACUGGGAUGGAAUUCACUUAACAGAAGCAUCUUACAGGCAUAUUGCUAAGGGUUUGAUCAGUGGUCUCUUUUCCACUCCACCCCUAUCCUCUCCCCUCUGAGAUAGUCCAGAACAUAUCUCAAUGGUUGGCACACGAAAAUGGCUAAACCAAGAAAAAACAAAAUUUCAAUGAAGAUUUUUUGUUCCAACUUGCUUAUCUACUUGGCUCUACCUAGUCGGUGGAUUAAAAGUGUCACUUUUCUCGUUGGUUAGGCAUUAAUGAAUGAGUAGUCUGUGACCCUUCCCUAUUGUAUGUUACUUUAUUUCCUCUAAAAUUCCUGUUCUGUAUUACGUAACUAAAGACUUAUGCGUAUGAGAAAUUCUCUUGUGGUCAAUGUUAUUUAUUGACCAUUGUGUGUUAAAAUU